AUGAAGGUGGUUGAGACAAUGAACAAGCCUACAUCGUCUCCCGAAGAAGCCUCGCUCUACCCUGAAGAAGAGCGAGCUUACUUCCCAGAUUUGAAGUCUGGGUGGUUGAUGGAAGUCGACCAAAUGGCGGUGCGAGCGAAGCUCGCAGAGAAGGUGCGCGACUGUGAAGUCGCAAGGUGCGGUGACGACUUCGCGACAAACCUGUCGAAGCUGUUGGUACGCUACGAAGACAUAUUUCGACUAACCCUUGGUCGAGAUCCUCCUAUCGACGUGGCGCCCCUAGUCGUGACGUUGAAGCAAGGCGCGGAACCUAAACCCGAUGCGAACAAUUUCCGCAUGACCGUGGACGUCCAAGUGUUCUUUACCCUUGACUUCUUCAAGGGUUACUGGCAGUUUGCGCUGGUCAAGACGUCGCAAGAAAUGUUCUCGUUCCUCACGGAUACGGGCGUUUACACGCCGACGCGAGUGCUGAUGGGCGGAACCGCCAGCGUGGCACGAUUUGCUUGGAUACGAGAAGUCCAAGAGCGCGGCCACAAGCUGAACCCCAAGAAGUGUCGGUUCUAUGAGACCGAAGCUCGCUGGUGCGGGCGAAUCGUGUCGUCCGCGGGCGUCAAGUAUGAUCACGAACGCAUCAAGGCGUUGAAAGAACUGAAGAUGCCGGGUGACCGGCCAAGAUCUUCGGCAGUUUCUAUGCGCAAUGAAUUUGAUGCGCAUGUCGAUCCCAAGGCGGCGGGCGCUCAAUGGCGCCAGAAAGUGGCCAAGGUCCUCCUGGACACGUGGUCGACGAGUUCGUCGACUGUCGCUACAACGACCCCCGUGAGUAACUUGCACGAAGUCCUGCCGCCCGCAUUCAAGAAGUAUGUGCGGGAGAACGCUGAAGAUGCCACGGUGGUGGCGAUGGAGAAAGCGUUGGGGGUGGCGCAAUCGUUGAGACGCAACACCGUGGGAUACGACGAGGGCUCGUACAAGCUCCGCAACUCGUGGGGCGCUGACUGGGGCGAAGCCGGCCAAAUCCGAGUCAAGCGCGGCGCGAGCGGCAAAGGCAUGUGA